GGAGAGGGCGUCUGGAACAAGCUGUGAGCCGACGCUUGGCUCGGGAAUCGCGUAACGCCCUGGCAUGGAGAUCCCAGUCGGGGGAGGGACUUUUUUCACACGUGGAAAAGGGAAUAAAUGUUGCUCUCAGCUGUUUCCUCCAGAGCUCGGGGUCUUUCUGGAGCAGUUUUAAGACACCUGCGUCCUCACAUCUAUAGUAAGGGCGCGCGUAAAAAUCCCGGAAAAUAGCCGAAAGCUUAAAAUACAGUUUUACAGUAAAGUUUUAACAAUGUUAGGCAGCGGCAACAAGUCAGCGACCCCCGGCCAUAAGGGGCAGAUGGGGGCAGCGGCUGGGAGGACCACGGACCCCAUUAGGAGGCUCGGGAUUUUGGACAAUGAGGACAUCCGUGUGAUGAUGCAAGGCUGCAGCAUGGUGAAAGUCCGCUCUCUGAGGUGGCAGAAGAGCCGGAGCAUGCGGCUGCUGGAGGACGGGCUCACUGUGUGGUGCGAGACGACAAAAAGCUCCCGCAAAGGCAAAUCCCAACAGACAUUUGCAGUGACAGAGGUGGACUGUGUGCGCGAAGGCUGCCAGUCGGAUGCUCUAAAGCGACUGUCCGGGACGGCGCUGGACGACCAGUGCUUCACAAUGAUCUUCAAGGGAUCCAAGAAAAGCCUGGACCUGAUGUGCCCCUCAGCUGAAGAGGCGCAGCGCUGGGUGCGAGGCCUCCGCUUCUUAAAGGAGCGUGUCACCUGCAAGACACAGAAGGACAAGCUCGACCAUUGGAUUCGAGGCUACCUGAAGCGGGCAGAUGAAAACCAGGAUGGCAACAUGACCUACAACGAGGUCAAAGGGCUGCUGCCGAUGAUCAAUAUUGACCUGAAUGAGCAGCACACUCAUUGUUUAUUCAAGCGCUGUGACAAAUCCUGCGACGGCCGCCUGGAUCACAAUGAGAUCGAAGAGUUUUGCAGGGAGCUCAUGCGACGACCCGAGCUGGAUGCCGUGUUCAGACACUACUCCAGCAACGGUUCUGUGCUUUCUAUUGCGGAGCUGCGUGACUUCCUGGGAGACCAGGGAGAAAACGCCUCACUGAAUCAUGCUCAAAAUCUCAUACUCACCUAUGAGUAUGAAAGAGCUCAAAAUAAGUCUUUCAUGACGCAGGAUGGUUUCACAAUGUACAUGCUGUCUAUGGAAAAUGACGUCUUUAACCCAGAUCACUGCUGGAUCUACCAGGACAUGACCUGCCCCCUGGCCCACUACUUCAUUUCCUCGUCGCACAACGCCUACCUCACCAAGGACCAGAUCACCAGCACCAGCAGCACCGAGCCUUACAUCCGGGCUCUGAAUCAGGGCUGCCGCUGUGUGAAGCUGGAUUGCUGGGAUGGAGAUAAAGGUGAGCCCACCAUUUACCAUGGCCACACCUUAACCUCCAAAAUUCCCUUUAAGGAGGUCAUUGAAACCAUCAACCAGUACGCCUUUAAGGCAUCCCCGUACCCUCUUAUCCUGUCCUUCGAGAACCACUGUUCUGUGGAGCAGCAGGCUGUCAUGGCCAAACACCUUCACACCAUUCUGGGAAAGAAACUGCUCACCAAACCUCUCAGCGACCUGCCAUUAAAAGAGCUGCCUUCGCCUGAAGAGCUCAGGGGGCAUAUCCUGGUGAAGGGGAGGAGGCACAUUUCUCACCUUGGUCAGCUGGAAAAGAAUGGGAGCUUCACCAGCUUCUUCUCAAGCUCUGAAGCCGAACAAGCGAGCAUGAACAAGAAUACACCCAAGAGUGACCCUGCAAGGGUCUGUUCCAAACUGAGCCCUGAGCUGCCGGAGCUGGUAGUGUACUGCAAGAGCGUCUCCUUCCGUGGGUUUGAAAAUACAUCUAAUGUACAUCCAGAUGAAAUGUCUUCUUUUUCUGAAAAUGAAGCAAUCAGGCUCAUCAAAGACUCUGGGAAGCUUUUUGUACGGCACAAUAGCAGGCACCUGAGCCGGAUCUACCCCUCUGGCCAGCGUCUCCAGUCAUCCAACUUUGAUCCUCAGGAAAUGUGGAAUUGCGGCUGCCACAUGGUGGCUCUGAACUUCCAGACUCCUGGGGAGCAGAUGGACCUGAACCAGGGUCGCUUUCUCCCCAAUGGUCGCUGUGGUUAUAUUCUAAAAUCCACCUUUAUGUGCAACCCAACAUCCAACUUUGACCCUGAGAACACAGGCGGAGGCCCCGGCCACACCCCCACCCAGCUCACCAUACGGAUCAUAUCUGCUCAACAACUGCCAAAAAUAAACACAGAGAAAGCCAGCUCGAUCGUGGACCCACAGGUGCUGGUUGAAAUCCAUGGAGUGGAUAUAGAUAAGGCGAGGAAAAAAAACCACCACAUUGACAACAAUGCUAUAGGUUUCAACCCAAAAUGGGACUGCAUUCUGAGUUUCCAGCUGCAGGUUCCUGAACUGGCUCUGGUGCGCUUUGUUGUGGAAGAUCACGACCAUGCUGCCAAAAAUGACUUUGUGGGACAGUUCACGUUGCCCUUCACAAGCCUCCGCACAGGAUAUUGUCAUGUUCACCUACUGAAGGCAGAUGGUUCCAGUUUGUCCCCAGCCACUCUCUUCAUCCAUGUAAAAGUCAUACGCAAAGGAGCUCCUGUCAAGAGUGUGGCAGAGCGUAUGGCCAUGGCGAAAGGCAAAGUGUGAAACGUGCCUGAACCAGAUGAAGAUAAAUUUUUAUGCAUGAAAAGGUCUUCAUAGGAAGAAGAAUUUUAUCUGAGGGGAUUGCUGCUGUUACUGCCAGCCCCUCUCCUCACCAGGACCUGAAGUGGUCCAUUUCUGCUCAGCUGCUGCAAAGUACUGGAAAGAAGAUGAAGAUUGGAAAAGCUGAGUCUUCUAAAACACCCUUACUGGGCACUUAUGUUUUAAUGCUAACACUUAGAGACUUCUGCAUAGAGCAAAUUUGUUUUAACUGAUUUUUGGAAUGUAGGUUUUAGAAAUGUUUCAGCAUUUUAUAUGUUAAAUUUUAAAGAAUGAGAUGAAAUUGACAAAAACAGAGCAAUUUAUCAUUAGAUGCUAUGGGUGCUAUAAAAAGAAAGCUAGCCAUAACUAGCUCUGGCUUUAAAAAGUAUUUUUUUUUUACUAUUUAAACACUGUGCUCUAAUUCAGAUGUACUAAGCUUUUAACUAAUUGUAUUUUUUAUGAUGUCUUAGAGUUUGCUCAGUCAGUCUGACUUAAAAUGAUUUUAGAAUGUAGAUAAUAUUUAUCUGAAUUUAAUUAGUAGCUAUGGCGUGUUUGCCUAUCUUUUACACAUAUUGAGAAAAAGUGUUAACUGAACUAGUGUUGAACUUGCAUGUAGAGUCCAUGUCUCGAGUUAAGUGGCAAACGGGUUAAUAAUUUGUUGCCAGUUCCUUAUUUAACACUAACAGCAACAAAUGUUUACAACCUCUAAGUUCAACACCACAAGGUUGUGUUUUGUAGAUUCUUACUUGUACGGUUUGUGAAGAAAUACUGCAGUGUUUUAGAGGUUGCAUCUUUAUAAAGCACUGAUAACAUCUUA